UUUGCCCAACGAGCUCAUUUCCGCAAUAGCGAGCUACCUUCCCGACAAUGACAUCGCAACUUCUGUAAAGCUAGUGAACAAGCUCUAUGCGAGCUGUCUCACCCUGGCCCUCGCGCGACUUUGUGGCGCAUUGGGGUCGCCCCGAGCCGUGGCGCUGCCUCACGCUGCCGCAGCGGCGCCGGCUGCUGAGCCUGGCAGCGUCCUCGGGCGACGCCGGCAGCCUGGAGGCCGCGCUGGCGCACUGCGGCUGCACCGGAUUUGAGGAACCGGCGGCGUCGGCGGCUCUUGCCGGCCGCGUGUCGGCCUGCGACAAGCUCGUGUCUCUGGAGCCCUCUACCACAACCUGCGAGCUGUUCAGCUUCGCCGCGCAGGCGGGGCAGCUGGAGGUGUGCCGUUGGUAUUGGCGGCGGCGGGAGGAGUUGCAGCAGAUGUCGCGAAUGGAAGCAGUCAUGCAACUGCGCCAUGCGUGCGUUAUGGCGUGCCGGGGUGGUCAUGAAGAGCUUGUCAGCUGGCUGGAGCAACAGCAGCAACAGCUGGAGCAGCAACCACUACCACACCAGGCACAGCAGCAGCAGCAGCAGCAGCAGCAGCAGGAGCUGUCACACCUGAACAUGGCUGGCGCUGCAGCCUGGCGGUCGGCAGCUGACUUGCGCCACGCGUCUGACAUGGCACUGGCGGCGGCGGAGGGUGGUCUCGCGGAGUUGUGCGCACGUUGGGCUGAGACGGCGGGGCCAGACCAGCUGCACCCGGCCAUGCUGGCAUGCAAGGCUGCUUUGGGCUGCAACCUAGCCGGGCUUCAGCAGUUGGCUUCAUUCUACUACGACCUGUCUCCUGGCAUCCGAAGGGUCCGCAAUCACUUCAUGGCCCAAUGCGCAGCCGCCAGUCCAACGCCCGACUGGAAGGAGAAAGUGGACUGGGCGACACAGCAGCCGGAUCCGGCGGGCGUGCCGCAAGGGCCUGAGGCGCCGCAGGAUCCGGUGGCCGGCGUGCCUCAGGGGCCUGGUGAUGAGGCACGAACAACAAGGCUUCUGUCUGAGGUAGCACAGACAGCCUUUUUUGUCGCAGCGGGCUUUCCUGACUGGCAUCUGCGGCUUCAGCACGUGCGGUCGCGCGGCCUGCUGCUGCUAGAUGCGGUGCGUAUGACUAACGAGGCGGCCGCCGCCGGCAACACAGCCGCACUGACGUGGCUGCUGGAUCAGCCAGAGGGGCAGGGGCUGGCGGCGAGUGACGAGCUGGUAUGGGAUGCGGCGGCUGGGGGGCAUGUGCCGGUGCUGGAGUGCCUGCGCGCGCGGGGCUUGGUGUUUGAUAUUACGCAUGCGACCGCAGCGGCUGCAUAUGGCCGCGGCGAGGCGCUGAGGUGGAUGGCGGGAGCCGUGGCAGGGGGCAGUGUGGCCGCGUGGUCAGAGGUAUGGAGAUGCGCGACGGAUGCGGGCGUGGACCUGUCGACUCUGCGGCUGCUGCAUGAGCAGCGGGGCGCGGCUGUGGACCUGGCUGCGGUGGCUGCGGCUGGCAGCGUGGAGGCGGUUGAGUGGGCGUUUGGGCUGCUGGAGCAGGAGCAGGAGCACGCAGCCGGCAUGGCGGGAGGCGGCACGGCGGGCGCGAGCGUGGAUCCUACCGGUGCCGGUGCCGGAGUGUGCGCGGGGUCUGCUGCUCCGAGCCCUGCGUCGCUCGAGGCGCUGUGGGCGGCGGCGCGGGCUGGCAACUGGGCAACUGCGUCCUGGCUGCUGCUAGUGCUGCGGCGGCGCGGUCAGGACUGCUGCCAUGAGCUGCUUCCCUUCUUUGGGCGUAAGGUGGAGAGCAAAGUAUGGGGAAGGGCCAGGGACUCAGAGCUAGCUGCGCUGCGAUGGCUGGAGGGCGAGCUGGAGCGAGCAGCGGCGCGCUGACGAGGAGCAGUGGGAAAUGGGAGUGAGGGCAGCGGGUGCAGAGUAGGUAGGGUCGUCGGCCGAGUGGUUGGCAUUCAAACGUUCAGCCUCUGUGUGCAUGAAUGACUUAGCCAGCCAGCACGUGUGGGUAGGCGGUAGUUGGGGACUGGUGUGGAGCAGGGGCCAAAAGCUCACGCUUGGGUGGGGUGGGGGUGUUGCUGGUGUGUCCAAGCACGCCGGCUGCAUCGAUAGUGAUGUUGCAAAGACAUGGUUGCGGGUCCGCCAGUGGAGUUGACAUGUAGUAUGCAGUUCAAGGAGGCGGAUGCGGAUGCGGCCCGCGUCCAUCCAGGAGCGGGCGCGGACGUCGGGGCAGGUGCCGCCAGGGCGCGGUGACUGAGUUUACCUCGCUGCGCGGCCCCAACGGCCAGCGCGGCAAGGACAGCGCGUCCAAGUGGCGGUUGAUGGUGGAGAGGGCAGUCAAGAUCUACGUGCGCCGGUAGCAGUGGGCAGCAGGCAGCGGCAGGGCAGCCGGCGCAUGCGAGCGAGCAAGCAAGCAGCCACUGAGGGCGUUCAGCGCCUCAAGCGCUGAGGUUGGGGUGACGCGACCAGCGAACGUGUCGGCCCGGCCCGCCAGGUCGGCUAUGGGCGCUGUGGGUGCGUUGCAUGUUGGUGGAUGCGGCGCGGAGGUCGCUGCAUGGCUUAAGUAUGGAAGCGGCGACUCUAGCGGUGACGGGCAGGUGAGGAGUCAGCAAAUAGGUUGGGUGUCAUGCCGGGAUUGCGGCUGCAUCAUGACUGUUCGUUCAUUAGACUGUGGCAGCAGCAGGGCUCAUAGUGCGGACGACGGAAUGGGAAGGCGGCACUGUGGAACAAUUGAAGUAGUUCAGGGGCCCGCGAGGAAUUGUGCGAGCUUCCCAUUGUAGUUCCGGUGUGAGAGCUACGCGCUGGCUUGUCGCAGCGCAGAGGAGAUAAGGCUAGCUACUGCGA